UUUUUUUUUUUUUUUUUGGCUGGCCUGAUACCCUCAAAGCUGGCCGAGGAGGAGGAGGGAGGAGGCGGUAACAGCCACAACUCGGAAUUUGCAAGCGAGUGUCGGGAUGGGGUCUGUUUCCAACCAGCAGUUUGCAGGUGCGAAGCCGGGCGAGGAGCCGGCCGGAGACUCGCCCAAGGCCGAGAACGAGUCCCAGCCCCUGCACGGCUCCGGCAUCUGUAAGUGGUUCAACGUCCGCAUGGGCUUCGGCUUCCUCUCCAUGACCGCCAAGGGCGGCGCCACCCUGGACUCCCCCGUGGAUGUCUUCGUGCACCAGAGCAAGCUCCACAUGGAGGGUUUCCGCAGCCUGAAGGAGGGCGAAGCCGUCGAGUUCACCUUCAAGAAAUCAUCCAAAGGUUUGGAGUCCAUCCGGGUGACCGGCCCCGGGGGCGUCUUCUGCAUCGGCAGCGAGAGGAGGCCCAAAGGGAAGAGCCUCCAGAAGCGCAGGUCAAAAGGAGACCGGUGCUACAACUGCGGCGGGCUGGACCACCACGCCAAGGAGUGCAAGCUGCCACCGCAGCCCAAGAAGUGCCACUUCUGCCAGAGCAUCAGCCACAUGGUCGCCAACUGCCCCGCCAAAGCACAGCAGUCGCCCAGCUCGCAGGGAAAGCCCGCCUACUUCCGAGAGGAGGAGGACAUGCACAGCCCGGCCCUCCUCCCCGAGAGCCGGGAAUGAUGCUGGGUGGCGGGGAGAGGGGGCUUCCACCGGGGUGAGAAGGCUUUGGCAAGGCAAGGGGCAGGGCAGGGGCUGGGGAGGGCAGGUGGCAGUGCUGGCAGCGGGGACCUGGUGUCCCUGCACAGACCUUUCCCCCGCGCCCAGGCUGGGAAAAGCCCUGUUGGCAUCAGGAUGUUCCAAACCAGGGGAAGGCAGCACCCAACACGCUUCUUCCCGCUGAAAACCCCGAACAUACUUGAUUAAUCUUUAUUCU